UCCCGUGUACAUGGUUAGCGGUGGAGACGUAUAAGCUCGGGGUCCAUGUCAACAUAGAUGGGGAAUAUAGUUAUUUCUGUUAGGAAUAUAAUAUAAUCAGACAAAAUUCCUCCCGAAAAGGAAACGAGACCCCACGGUUCCGAAGGUUCUGCACAGGGAGGUUUCUCAGAGGUGUUCUACAUAGAAAGCUUUGAGGGCCUGUGUCGUUUAAAGAAGAAGUUUAACUUCAACGCAGAACCACCGUGGGAUCCCAGCUAGUAUCGGCUAAGUGCAGGUGUUUCCGUAGGCCAGAUUGUUUGUACAGCUUAUCUACUAUUUUAUCCAACUCGUUAGUCUAAUAGUUGUCCAACAUGAAACAUUACAUCGGAAAAAACUGUAUGGUUGAGAUGCUGACCAGUGAGAGGUCAACACAGAGUCUUGUAGAGGAAAAGAUUCUAACCCAGCAGCUCGAGAAGAAGGAUGAUGCCUUUUUCGUGGGAGAUUUGGGAGAUAUUUACGAGAAGUUCAAGAAGUGGAACAGGCAACUGCCAAGAGUGCGUCCCUUCUAUGCGGUCAAGUGUAAUGAUGACCAUGCUGUGCUCAAGCUUCUGGUGGACCUUGGAUUGUCUUUUGACUGUGCCAGUAAGGCUGAGAUCCAGAAAAUCCUUGACCUUGGGGUGCAUCCUUCACGCAUCAUUUAUGCUAACCCUUGCAAGCAGAUGUCCUUCAUCAGACAUGCAGCUAAGAACCAUGUGUCCCUGAUGACUUUUGACAAUGAAGAUGAAUUGAUCAAAGUAAAGGCUCUCUAUCCAGAUGCACAGCUGGUGCUGAGAAUAUUGCCUCCAACCAAUUUUAAGGUCCAGUGUGAUCUUGGAAUGAAGUUUGGAUGUCAUCCUAACAAAGCUCGUCACCUCCUUGAAGCUGCAAAGCGCUACAAUCUCUCCGUGGUUGGAGUCAGCUUUCAUGUGGGAAGUGGUUGCGAGGAGGCCAAUGCAUUUGCUGUGGCUGUAGAGCAAGCACGCACUGUGUUUGACCAUGGCCUUGACCUUGGGUUUGAUAUGAAGUUGCUAGAUAUUGGUGGAGGCUUUCCUGGACAGGAGAGUGCUACAAUUACCUUCGAGGAGAUCACUGAUGUCCUGAAUGUCGCUCUGGACAGAUAUUUCCCAGAAGAGGAUGGGGUUGACAUCAUUGCUGAGCCUGGCCGUUUCUUUGUGGCAUCAGCAUUCAGUCUCACUGUUAACAUCAUUGCAAAGAGGGUGGUGGCUCGUGACCAACAUGGAGAUAAUGCAGAACCAUUGGAUUAUCCAACAGCUGAUGAGGAACCUUCCAUCAUGUACUAUGUCAAUGAUGGUGUGUAUGGCUCAUUCAACUGUCUGUUGUAUGACCAUGCCACUGUCACUGCGUGUGUUCCCAAUGAGGUUGAGAAUGACCUGAACUACACCAGUAGUGUAUGGGGCCCUACCUGUGACGGUCUGGACUGCAUUCUUGAGGAGGUGAAGCUGCCUGAGCUCCAGGUUGGAAACUGGCUUUACUUCCUAGACAUGGGAGCCUACACUCUUGCCGCAGCUUCAGGAUUCAAUGGCAUGCCUGCUCCUUGUCGCUUCUACGUCUGCUCAAUGGAAAAGUGGAGAGCCAUGUAUCCUGAGGGUAGAGAGGCCAAAAAUCUGCCCAUAAAAUCUGUACCACAGAUGAAAUCAGGCCACAAGAUGCAUGAGACAGCAAACCUCCUUGGAACCUCCCCUGCGGAAGGCUUUGUUGUGGGUGAUCUGGACAUCUAGCUCAUCAAAGACUUGAUCAUCAGCAGUGGUUUCACCAAAGAAACAUGCUCCAACCACUGUUGUUAAAUAUUUCUCUGAUGACUUUUUUGUCCAGAUGAGUGGAAUCUUGUUCGCUUUCCAUAUAGAGGCUUCUGUAUUUUAUAAAUCGACAUCUUUUCACCAUACUUUUCUUUCUGUUGAUGCUGCCAUUGUAGUUGGCUGGUUUGUAUAUGUGUUAAGAAGCUUUAGGCGAAUUCAUCAUAUCGUAGAUCCAUCACAAAGAGGUUAAGCAGAGUCAAAUGAUCUUUCUUCUUCGAUUGAAAUUUGUUGAGUGAGAGGGAAAACAUUUCAAACCAUAAGAAAGUGAUUUUGAUUGACUGAUAAAAUUUGUUAAAUUAAGAGAAAAUGCUACAUGAUUUCAUGUUGUCUUUGAGUCAAAUUGUGGGUAUUGCCAAUGUAUUGAAUGGUAUGCUGGAUAGCACAAAACUUGAGUCAGAGUAUAAAAGUUUGAUACAAGUUUUGACAUUUUGUACUCAAAUUAUAUGACUUGUAUAUUUUUAGAGCUAUUUUGAUUUUAUGACCAAAAGUUAUCAUCAGUAGACUUGUCUAUCGCCCAUUUUCCUGACAAACAGGGACCAUGUUGCAUAUACCAUUUGACAAAUUGACUCUGUUCAUGACUUUUCAUACCUAUACACAUUUCAUCUUUGCACUUGAAAUGUAUGGGGAACACUCAAGCAGCAGUAGUUUUGAUGGGAAAAGUUGUCUUUGAAAAAAACCAUUUCACAACUAAAUUUUGCCACAGAGGCAUAAAUGAUGUUGUAUUUUCUCUUACACAUUGAAUGAGAUAAGUAUUUUAAAUGGUCGCUAUGACACAUCGGGGACCAAUGUGACAAGUUUGUGUCACUGUGACAUCACUUGAUCAGUCAAGGUCAUGAUGACAUCAUGUGAUCAGUCACUGUAAGAUCAUGUGACUAGCCAUAGAAUCAAUCAUAAAUGCGACCAUCCUCCUUUGUAUGUGUAUCUAUGAUAGUAGCUAAGCUGUACAAAUGAGGGAAACACCUGCCAGAACUUUCAACUGGCCCCCCCUUUUUUCAUUUUUUUUUUUUUUCUUAUUUUAAAAACAAAACCUGCAUCUUUGAAUUUUCUGUUUGUUGCAAAUUUGCUAGAAGAGAAUUAAAAAAUGCAAAUUAUU